ACUUUUUUUUUUUUUUUUUUUAAUUCCGAGCUGAGAAUUGAGCUUUGGCUCUCAUCCAUGCUAGGCUCAAAGCUAUGCUUCCUCUUCUGCUCCACCUACCCUGCACUCAAUUUUAUCUAAGUAGAAAGCUAUUUCCAUUCUUUACAUUGUGAGUAUUCAUUGAGAGGAUUCAAGUUUAGAGCCACCCCCCCACGUAUUAUUUUGCAUGUGUGUUGGAAUGUGUGUGCGUGCUUGUGAAGGCUAGAAAGUUUGUUGUAGGAGUCGAAUCUUUUCUACCACUUGGGUCCUGGGACUGCUACCACUUAGGUCCAAAGGAUUGGUGGCAAGCUUUCUUACCUACUGUACCUUUUUACUGGCCCUCAGGUUAAAUUUUAUAUAUCAUUCCUACUUCCAAAUGUGAUGUAAGAAUUUCAACUAAAAUGAUACUAGUAUUUUAUUCUCUGUUGUAUUUACAAAUAGAAUAGUUUAUUAUAAAUAUCAAAAUAUAAGUAAGAAACUGUACAUUUUGAAAUUAUAGUUAUUACAAAUGUUGAUUUAUUAAAGCUACCAGUGGUGUUUGAAUAAUUAGAUUUAAAAUUUGUAAGUACUGUUUUUAAGUUAAGUACACACAACUGUUAAAAGCACAACGAUUCAAAGGUUUUUUUGUAAAAUGAAAUUAAAACUAUGUGACACAUAUUUCAAAAAAUGCUUUUCUUUUUGUUAGUGUGUGUAUGUGGUGUGUGUGUAUAUGUGCGUGCGUGCGUGCGUGUGUGUGUGUGUGUGUGUGUGUGUGUGUGUGUGUGUGUUUCUCAGAGGACAAGUUGAAGGAGUCUGUUCUUUCCUUCCACUCUGUGAGUUCCAGGGAUCUAACUCAGCUUGUCAGGCUGGGUGACAGGAACCUUUACUUAGCCACAUUGCUCUGUAGUCAUCUGUAUUUUAAUGUGAAGAAGUCCUGUGUUAACUUUUUCCUUUUGUGUUGAAUUGAGUUUUAAAAUCCCACCUUUUAUGAAAUUAUACUAUCUAAUUUUAAUGCUUUUCAUAUCCUGGAGAUAGCAUUCACCCAAACGAUUUUUGAUCAACCAAAAUUUGCUUAAUAGUUAAGGUAGCUAGGACCAUUACAUCUAAUAAGUAACCUCAUUUUUUAAAUUGCAGUAGGAUAUCAAUACGAAUUUUAAUUUGUGAUUAAAAGCAGUCAAGACUAAACACUACUUUAGAGAUAUUUAAAACUCAAACCAAUUAUUUUUUAGUAAGUGGGGGAGGAUAAUGUUUUUUCUCUGCACUCCAUUACACGGUCUCAGGUCUUCCUUUGUGUGAGGUCGUAAUUGCCUUUGUCACUAAAGAGCUGGGCGUGGCAGUGUACACCUGUGGUUCUAGAUGGAAAGUCUUGAGUCUCUGGAUCAUUUCCUGAGAUACUGUCUCCAACCAUAACAACAGCACCAACAAUAACAGGCAACGGUAACACCUUGAUGUAGUUCAGUGGGAGCUGCCUUGGCUCCUUUGGUGUCUCUGGAUGAAGUCUCCUGCACUGAAUGAGACUACAGUCAUCUGGGAUCUGUUUUUUCCUUCUACCUUAGGAUCUGGGGAAUCAAAUUUAGGUGGUUGGAAUCCAUUUUCUCAUCCAUAUAAAAAGCUGGAAUAUGGGAAAUGGGAGCUGUACAUCCCACCCAAGCAGAAUAAAUCUCCCCCAAUACCUCAUGGGUCCAAACUGAAGGUAGUUAUUACCAGUAAGAGUGGUGAGAUUCUGUACCGCAUCUCCCCGUGGGCAAAGUAUGUGGUUCGCGAGAACAACAACGUGAACUACGAUUGGAUACACUGGGAUCCAGAAAACCCCUACAAAUUCAGGCAUUCCAGACCUAAGAAACCCAGAAGCCUAAGAAUUUAUGAAUCUCAUGUGGGAAUUUCUUCCCAUGAAGGAAAGAUAGCUUCUUAUAAACAUUUUACUAGCAAUGUACUACCAAGAAUCAAAGACCUUGGGUACAACUGCAUUCAGUUGAUGGCGAUCAUGGAACACGCCUACUAUGCCAGCUUUGGGUACCAAGUCACCAGCUUUUUUGCAGCUUCAAGCCGUUAUGGAACUCCUGAAGAGCUGAAAGAACUUGUCGACACAGCACAUUUGAUGGGCAUUGUCGUCCUCUUGGACGUGGUACACAGCCAUGCUUCUAAAAACUCAGAAGACGGGUUAAACAUGUUUGAUGGGACCGAUUCCUGUUACUUUCAUUCUGGACCCAGAGGAACCCAUGAUCUUUGGGACAGUAGAUUAUUUAUCUAUUCCAGCUGGGAAGUCUUAAGGUUCCUUCUGUCGAACAUAAGAUGGUGGUUGGAGGAAUACUGCUUUGACGGCUUCCGUUUUGACGGUGUCACCUCCAUGCUGUAUCAUCACCAUGGCAUGGGUCAAGGUUUUUCAGGCGACUACAGUGAAUAUUUUGGACUCCAAGUAGAUGAAGACGCUCUGGUUUACCUCAUGUUGGCAAAUCAUUUGACGCACACGAUGUACCCAGACUCGAUAACUAUAGCAGAGGAUGUAUCAGGGAUGCCGGCCCUCUGUUCUCCAACGUCCCAGGGAGGAGGUGGUUUUGAUUACAGAUUAGCAAUGGCCAUUCCGGAUAAAUGGAUCCAAUUACUUAAGGAAUUCAAAGAUGAAGACUGGAACAUGGGCAAUAUAGUGUAUACGCUCACCAAUCGACGCCACCUUGAAAAAUGCGUGGCUUAUGCAGAGAGCCAUGAUCAGGCACUGGUUGGUGACAAGACACUGGCAUUUUGGUUGAUGGACGCCGAGAUGUACACGAACAUGAGCGUUCUGGCGCCUUUCACCCCAGUAAUUGAUCGAGGAAUACAGCUUCACAAGAUGAUUCGACUCAUCACUCACGGGCUUGGUGGAGAAGGCUAUCUCAAUUUUAUGGGGAAUGAGUUUGGGCAUCCUGAAUGGUUGGACUUCCCAAGGAAGGGAAAUAAUGAGAGUUACCAUUAUGCCAGAAGGCAGUUUAACUUAACCGAUGACGACCUUCUUCGUUAUAAGUUCCUGAAUAACUUUGACAGAGAUAUGAACAGACUGGAAGAAACAUGUGGUUGGCUCUCGGCUCCGCAGGCCUACGUGAGUGAAAAGCACGAAGGCAAUAAGACAAUCACCUUUGAGAGAGCAGGACUUCUUUUUAUUUUCAACUUCCACCCAAGCAAGAGCUAUACGGACUACCGAGUCGGGACAGCCAUGCCAGGGAAGUUCAAAAUUGUAUUAGAUUCAGAUGCAGCAGAAUAUGGAGGACAUCAGAGACUGGACCACAGCACCGACUACUUUGCCGAGGCUUUUGAACAUAAUGGGCGCCCCUAUUCCCUUUUGGUGUACAUUCCAAGCCGAGUGGCUCUCAUCCUUCAGAACGUGGAUCUGCCAAACUGAAGAGACCUGAAGUCAGCCCAUCUCUCCCGGACGAGUUGAAGCUGAGCCUCAUCACAGUGUUGAUAAUGUGCGAUCUUUGCAAAACACGGCUGUCUAGCCAAAACAUCAGGCUGGAAUUCAACAUUGGAAUAUGUAAACAUAUAAGUUGCUUAUGAAGUAGAAGGGGGGAUGUGCUUUAAAUAUUAACAACGUCUAUUUCAGAGCCAUUUGAGAAAUUAGGAUUUGCAAAUGAAGUGUAACACAUGAUAAUUUUUAAAUAUUACUUUACUGGCAAAGUAUUUGAUUCUUUAAUUUUAAAUUUGAAUUAUUCAUGAGGCAUGAUAAUUUGGGCUGUAGUAAAAACGGUUUUUUUGAGGUAGAUAUUUGGUGGCCUUAUUUGUUCUAAUAUCUACUGGUAUGAACAAUGUGGUACUGAGCUUGUUUCUCUGCUGUACCUUUUGUAAUUGUGUUUAGAAAUGCUAUAUUAAAUAUGUGGCUUUAAUAUGAAAAUAAGAAUCUCAUAAAAGAGAAUAUAAAUUUCUUAUCUGUGCCUCAUUUUACAUUAAGUUUUAUCUUGUAAUCUCCUGUUCAUAAACGGUUCCAGUAGACGCUGAUAUUUCAAUCUUCUGAAGGCUUGAAGUGGUCGUUGUAGCAUUUCUGAAAAUGUCUUUCAUUUCAGUCAAUAAAAAAAAAUGCCAAAUUGCA